GGCGGCAGCAGCCGCGGCCUCUCAGCGCCCCCCGCCCCGCUGAGCCCCGCAGCAGCAGCGCCUCCGCCCCGGGCCCGGCAGCGGCCCCAGGCCCGGCCGCGCGCGCUUUACGCGGGCAGGCAGGGAGACAGGCUCCGGUUCCCGGAGGCGGCCUGUGCUCCCCGCGCCCCGGGCGGCGGGAUGAGGAGUGGGGGUCCCGGGCGGCAGCAGCCAGAGCCCCACGCGGCGGAGCAGCCAUGGAAACGGCCGCGGCGGACGGCGGCCGCCGAGGGACACAAAGGCCCGCGGCCGAGAGGAGGCGGCGGCCGGAGCGGGAGCGGGGCCCGGCGCUGAGGGGCCCCAUGGAGCCGGCGGCGGGCGGCGGGGCCGGGGCGCCGCGCUACAGCCUGGUGGCCGAGAUCGGGCGCGGCUCCUACGGGGUGGUGUACGAGGCCGUGUCGGGCCGCAGCGGCGCCCGCCUGGCCGUCAAGCGGAUCCGCUGCGACGCGCCCGAGAACGUGGAGCUGGCGCUGGCCGAGUUCUGGGCCCUGACCAGCCUGCGGCGCCGCCACCCCAACGUGGUGCGCUUCGAGGAGUGCGUGCUGCAGCGCGACGGGCUGGGCCAGCGCAUGAGCCACGGCAACAAGCAGAGCCAGCUGUACCUGCGCCUGGUGGAGACCUCCCUGAAAGGUGAGAGAAUCUUGGGCUAUGCUGAGGAGCCCUGUUAUCUCUGGUUCGUCAUGGAGUUCUGCGAAGGGGGAGAUCUGAAUCAGUACGUGCUCUCGCGGCGACCGGACCCGGCCACUAACAAGAGUUUCAUGCUACAGCUAACCAGCGCAAUUGCCUUCCUGCACAAGAACCAUAUUGUGCACAGGGACCUGAAGCCAGACAACAUCUUGAUCACCGAGAAGUCUGGCACCCCAGUUCUCAAGGUGGCAGACUUCGGACUCAGCAAGGUCUGUGCUGGCCUGACGGCUCGGGGCAAGGAAGGUGGGAAUGAUAACAAAAAUGUGAAUGUGAACAAGUACUGGCUGUCUUCAGCCUGCGGCUCUGACUUCUACAUGGCCCCUGAGGUCUGGGAGGGACACUACACAGCCAAGGCAGACAUCUUUGCCCUGGGCAUCAUCAUCUGGGCCAUGAUUGAGAGGAUAACUUUCAUCGAUGCAGAGACCAAGAAAGAGCUACUGGGGACCUACAUCAAGCAGGGCACAGAGAUUGUGCCUGUUGGGGAAGCACUGCUAGAAAACCCAAAGAUGGAGUUGCAUAUCCCCCAGAAACGCAGGACUUCCAUGUCUGAGGGAAUCAAGCAACUCUUGAAAGACAUGUUAGCUGCUAACCCACAGGACCGACCUGAUGCCUUUGAGCUUGAAACCAGAAUGGACCAGGUUACAUGUGCUGCUUAAAUUCAGGGCAAAGCAUUAGUGCGUUUUGCAAUGGGGCUCAGUUCCCUAAACCACAUCGAGGGACUCCCAACGUUAAGGAGGAAGUGAAGCUCUCAUUUGCCUUUGCCACUGCUGUAUUCAGAGCCUAAAGGACUCCAGUAGCCAAAAGCCUAGUCUGUCAGAGCUGUAGAACUGGGGAAUGGGGUUACAUUGAGCUGGUGUCCUCAGUAACCGGGAAGUAUUUAUUUGUGGCAAAGCCACUUAGAAACAGAAGCAGUUACUAGGGGCUCCCCCAGCCAAAGAACCAGGAUGAAACUGGAAAAUUGCAGAUCUGGGAGAUGAAAGUAAAACUUGCCUUUGGAGAACCUUGGUCUGUCAAAAGCUCCUGCAGUGCUCUCUGUAUAAUGCUGAUCAGGAGAGAUCUGUGACACUUCAUUAGUGAGAAAUGACUGAAUGGCAAUUUAGCCCACCUGUUCUGCUGGCUGUGGCCAGGAGACUGAGGAGCUCAGACUCAAAUUAGCUAUUAAAGGAAAUUACAAGUUGGAGCUGCCUUGGCACAUGUCACUGUUUCCCGCCCCUCAUGGUGAAGUUGUGCAACAUGUGGUAAGAUCAACCCGUAGAGACAGGCCUCUGCGGUAAUACGCAUGUACAACAGGAUGAAUUAAGGACACUUUGGCAGCCUUGGCUCCUAAUUUCCUCGCUGCUGUUGAUGUGCCUUGACCUGGAGUGAGCAUGCUAGAGAUUCUGUAAUAAAGAUGUGCUCUCCGUCCCCUUUCUCCAGCCGCCAGUCUGGAAUGUGCCCAGACAAGUAGGUUAUUUGGGGCAUUUCUUACCAGCAUCAAUCAAUCAGCAGCUGCUUUUCUCAGCUGAAGAGCUGCUGUGAGAAACUAAUUUUUUAGGGGGGGGGUAAGAAUCGGACUUUACCAGGAAAGCAAAGACACCCUUAGUUGAGACUUUGCUCUAGAUUCUCGCUCUCUAGUACCAUGUAUGUGAUAAAAGGUCCAUCGCAGUGAGUGACUGAACGGUGGGGCUGCUUUAGUGCACAGGCUGGUGGAUCGUUGGCUGUGUAUAAUGCAGGUUCCUGAUGGGGGUGGGGUAGGGGGUGAAGAAUGAAUGAGCAGAAUUGUGAACCCUUGAAAUGGACGUGAGUGAUAACUGAUCCUUCCUUGUUCUGGUGUGACUAGGUGCUACCGGAACAGCAAACUUCACCUCUUGGUUUUAAGGGAAGAGGUGGAUGUUUUCCUCCUGGUGGGGGGGUUGGGGAUAUGCUAUUUUUAAAGCACCCAGCAUCAUGCAUCUCCCGAGUGGUCCAUGUUUUGCCUCUGCUGUUGCCAUCUGUGAUCACUCAUGCUCUGCUAACACAAUGCUGCUGAGUUAUGUAACAAGCCAGUGCCCUCUGGGGAAAAUCCAUUCUGCACAUAUCUGCAGAAUAGUAAAUGCAGGGAUAAUAAACAGAGAGAGGACAGUCCUACCCUGCAGCUGUUUAUGUAAGACCCUAGCUGCCUGUUCAGAUUCCCCCCUUCCCUUAUCCAUGGAUGGAGCCAGCAGUUCAUCUUCACCAAAUGUUUCCUUUCGUGACCUAGCUGCAGCGGAGGUGGUUACCACUCAUGUAACUAAAUUGAAUGUGCCAUAGUGGCCAUGCUUUGCUUGUCCCCAGUAGCUGAGCUGAGUGCCAGCGAUAUGUUCAUUGUAGACUUGGCGCAUCAUGUUACACGAGGGGGAAGAAUUUCACUGGUUCCUUCACUGUGAAGCAGUGCUCUUACAUGCAUGGCUUUUUAAACAGCAUUCACACCUUCAAAUCCACAACAGAUCCGUCAUUGUUGCUGAGCUUUAGUGUAACAUUCCCAACGCUUAUGUCUGAAACUGCCUGAGAAGCUCAGAAUGAACAAAUCAGUGCCUGAGGUCGGCAUUAAUGCCCCACCACUUGAGCAUUUAACCACAAGUCAGUUCCCACAGCAAGUGUAACUUUGACCCUUACGAACCUUGUAUCGUGAAUUGCUGUAUGUGCCAUUCAGAACAAGGCCUCUCAUUUCUGUUUGAGGAGUUAAAUGGCAAGAGACUUCAGACUUUAACUAAAGUUCAUGUCCUAGCUUAGGCAGCACGCAAUGCUGCCAGCCAGAGCUUGCCCAUUCUUGGUAUCGCACUGGCCACUUCUGGCUUCUCAAGGUCCAAG